UUCGGAAAUGGAAUUUGAGUUUCCCACAAAACCUCUCAUAUUCUAUAAAUCAUGUUAUAAACAAAAAAAGAAAAUACACCUAAUUAAAGAUAAACAUGAGACAAGUGGAAAACCGGUGUUUGUCAUGGCGGCUGACCAGCUUGCUGGUGGUUGUGGUGGUUCUAACAACCAUGGCCGAGCCAGUGACAUCACAGCGGGCAGCUGAUAGAAAUAGCACUCUGAUGAGAUAUUAUUGUAGUAUGUACAAAGGUGUGAGCGCAACUUAUUUCUUGAGGAACCUUAAUACCACCCUUUCUAACCUCCGUAAACAGUUAACCACCAGCGGCUAUGCCGCGGCAAGGACCUUGCUCAACGGUGAGUCAGUUUGGGGCCUUGCUUGGUGCAGGGGAUAUGUUUCUGUUCCUGAUUGUCUGUCUUGUUUUGACUACGCUGUUGAUCAGCUGAAAGUAUGUGGGCUUGGAAAUGGUGCUCAUGCUAUUUAUAGUGAUUGCGAUCUCAGGUAUGAGAACAAUAACUUCUUCACUGAGGCUAAUAAUCGGGCUGGCGUGGUAUUAUGUGACAACACAACAUCGCCUCAGCCAGAAGAAUUCCGAAAAGCAGCACAGAAGUUAUUAUUUGACCUUCAAAUUGCUGCACCAAGAGCACCCAUUUAUUAUGCAGCUUCUACAAGAAAGGUAGCCUCUGGUGAUGCAACCGUGUAUGCCAUUGCGCAGUGUAAUCUAAACGUAAGCCAGAGUGUUUGUUUAGAAUGCUUAAAGUUGAGAUCCCAAUCUCUAUAUGAUUGUCUUCCUACUGCUUCUGGGAGAGCAAUGGACAAUGGAUGUUUCAUGAGGUAUGACAGGACUCCAUUUUUCAGACAUAACCAGUCAACUGAUAUUUCAUCUCUCCUUUGGGAUGAUGAUUCAAGCAAGAAGAAAUCAAUAAUUGGUGGAGUUGUUGGAGGUGUAGGCUUUCUGUUGCUUCUACUUGCAGUUUUCUUAUGCUGUUGCAGAUCUAAGAAGGCAAGUAGAGGCCAACAAGAUAAAUCAACGGGAUCAACCGAAUUGUUGCAAGGUCCAGCAACAUAUAGCUACAAUGAGUUGAAAGUAGCUACUGAUAAUUUCAGCGACGAGAACAAACUUGGAGGGGGGAUAUUUGGGGAAGUAUAUAAGGGAAAUCUCAAGAAUGGGGAUGUGGUUGCAAUUAAGAAAACCAUUAUGGCCUCUAGUAGAGGAAAUGCACACUUUAAUGAUGAACUUAAGAUUUUAAGUAAUGUUCAUCAUCGUCAUCUUGUUCGUCUUCUUGGAUAUUGUAUAAAAGGCCCGCACUUAUUCCUUGUACACGAGUACAUGGAAAAUCAUAGCCUUGAUCAGUUCCUCUAUGGUGACGAAACAAAGACUUUAAGCUGGAAACAAAGGUUUGGUAUCAUCUUUGGGACAGCAAGAGGUCUUGCAUAUCUACAUGAACAGUACCAUGUUACCAUCAUCCAUAGAGAUAUUAAAACCAGCAACAUUCUACUUGACAAUGAAUUUCAGCCAAAAAUUGCAGAUUUUGGGCUGAUUAGAUUACUACCUGAAGAUAAGACUCAUCUCAGCACCCAAUUUGCAGGGUCAUUGGAUAGUGGUUAUGUAGCACCUGAAUACGCCAAUCAUGGACACUUAUCUGAGAAAGUUGAUACAUACAGCUACGGUGUUGUGGUCCUUGAAAUUAUUAGCGGAAAGAGAUGCAAGGAUGCCAAAGACGAUAUAUCAAUCACUCCAAGCCUUCUUGAUCAUGCCUGGAAUCUGUAUGAGAAUGGCACACAUAUGAAUCUGGUGGAUGACAAACUAGACCCUAGUGAAUAUGCAACAGAAGAUGUAAUUAAGAUCAUAGAGAUAGCGUUGAUGUGCACCCAGCCAACUGUUUCAUCUAGACCUGCAAUGUCGGAAGUGGUUACUCUUCUAAGUGACAAAACACUUGAAGAAAGACCACCAGUGAGGUCUACUACCGACGAUGAGGUGAAGAUUCAAGUUGCUAUUGAAUCAUCAAUAUCCAAUGCCACUGCCUCCACAAUUCAACUUUCAGGCCGUUAAAAAAAGUCCAUACAACAUUUUCCGGUUUCAAGUUGUAUAAAUAAAUACAAUAAGAUGGUAAAAAAAAACGAAUAGCUAUAGUGGCCCAAGUAAGAAGAAGCUACUUAGCUGUAUAUGGGAUUUGGUGUUUCACUUCUUGUCGCUUUAUAGUUUAAAGAAUCUACAGGAGAUUGAACAUAUCUUUUGUUG